AUGGCUCAACAACACAGGCCAGAGAGACCCCGGAACCCUGAUCGCCUGUGGAUCUGGGAGAAGGACGUAUACGUGGAUGAGUUUCGUCGAAGCUGGCUGCCCACAAUCAAGAAGAAUCAUGACAGACUCCAGGUGAUCUUUCGCCAGGAAGACGUCCCCUUAGGGACUGGUAACACCCCAAAGCUGAAAAACUAUAAGCUGCCUUUACUGUAUCAACUAUACCCAGGGGAUCGGUACCGAAGCAGUGACUCCUGGUUCUGGAAAAUAGUGUACCACGUCAAGUACAAAGGGGUGGAGGACAUGUUACUUGAAAAGAUGUACUCCGACGAUGAAUAA